AUGCCUCCAAAGCGGCUAAUCAUUCGCUUCUGUAUUCGGAAAAAAGAUGGCUGCGAGGAAAGUUAUAAAGAGUGUCAGACUCUUCGCCUGUCUGCAGAUGAGCAGACAGCCCAGGACGCACCACGAGGAGGUGGUCUGACUAAUGCGCCCCGCUGGCCCCGCAACUCUCUGACAGUCCGCCGACCGAUCAUCAACGAGUACAAACAACCACACCUGUUGAAGCGCUGGAGCAACAUUUUCGCCUGGUUCGCACCUGUGGUGGACCAGAACUACUGGCUGAUGCAACGCCGCGGGGAGACGCACCAAACACAUGUAAAGUGCCUGAGUGAGGAGCAAGCUUGGCGGGGGAAAAGAGAGACAGUGAUGGAACUUGACAAUGGGACUCUUGCUGUCAACAGUGCAAGGCUUUUGGCAAAAAAAAAAAGAAAAAAUGACGGUAACAACAUUAAGGAAGGAUUCAAAUCGCCAAACUGUCGUUCGUCAAAUAAGGGAUAUCAAAGACCCGUAUAUUUUUUUUAUUUGUUGUUGAUAUUUUAUUGGUCGCUCUUGAGCGUACAGCAAGCAAGGUACUUGGUGUAUCGCGCCUUGGAAUCCGACCACUGCUAUUUUUCUCUUUCUCCUCGGUCUCCUCGACUAUCGGCCCCGAUCAAGAUGAAAGACUGCAAACCACACAAACUCCUAGCCAGCUACAGAGCAAAGCCAGAAAACGCCCUGAACAAGCCAGAAGCAUAG